AUGGAGAGAGAAAUUGAGAUGGAAAGAUUACGUAGUGGGUCACAGAGGGGUGAUAGUCGUACUACUAGUGAGAGUGGUACUAAGGCUAAGUUGCCAAAGUUACCCAAUUUUGAUGACAAGCGUGAUAGCAUGGAUGCAUAUCUCAAAAGAUUUGAGCGAUUUGCAGAGAGUGCUGGAUGGAAGAAGGAAUGUUGGGGUGCAAAUUUGAGUGCACUGUUGCAGGGGCGUGCCCUGGAUGUGUAUUCGAGACUCACAGUUGCUGAGGCUAAUGAUUUUCAGGAACUUAAGGAUGCCCUGCUAAAAAGGUUCAAUCUGAACGAAGAUGGUUUCAGGGAAAAUUUUCGUAGUAGUAUAUGUGAAUCAGGGGAGACAGCGUCUCAAUUUGUAAUUCGAUUGGGAGAUUACUUAACCAAUUGGAUGUGCCAGGCUGGGUCUGACGAAACCUAUGAGGGUUUGAGAGAUUUGAUUUUACGUGAGCAAUACUUGAAUGGGUGCUCAAAGGGACUGCAAGUGUUCUUAAAGGAGCGUAAGUUUGCUUCAGUAACAGAGAUGGCCGAUUGUGCAGAUCGGUAUAUUGAGGCCCAUGAGGGCAAUGGCAAAACGGGGAAUGAAUCUAGAGAUGGUGUGAAAGGUAAGGCUUGCUUUGUUUGCAAUGGACCACAUUUACGUAGAGACUGCCCGAGGAUAAAUGGUCAGAACACCAUGGGCACAAACAACCACAGGGGUGGUAAACUAUCAGGCCAGUAUUCAGGUAAUGGUUUCAAAAGCUGGGAACCAGCAAGAGGUGGAAGAAGACCUGAAGACAAGUAUGACCGAAAGGUAAGUAAAUCUAGUUUGUCUGCGUGUGGCCUAUCCCAAGGAAAGGUAAGUCUGUCAAGUGGUCACCAAUUACCUGUCAUGUCGGCAGUGUGUGAUGGACCUAUUCGGGAAAAUAUGCCGGAGUGCAUAGGAUGGGUCAACGGAAAACAAAUUCGUGUCUUGAGGGAUACUGGAUGUUCAUCAGUGGUGAUAAAGAGGUCUCUUGUACCAAACCACUGUUUUACUGGGAAAGUUCAGAAUUGUGUCUUACUUGAUGGAACAGUGAGACAAUUCCCCACGGCAAAAGUGGUUGUGGAAACACCUUAUUAUACAGGAGAAGUGGAUGAAACGGUGAACGAACAGGCAGCAGUAGUCACAAGAGCUCAGGCUUCAAAAGAAAAGGUAAGCAAAAUCAAACCGCUAAAGGUGCCAACACAGAUCAAGGGGAUGAAUCCACAGAUGUUUCAAGAAGCACAGAAAAGUGACCCAACUCUUCAAGCUGCCCGGGAACAAGCAAUGUCGGAAGAGGUAAAGCAGUGUGGAAUACUGAAGACUUCUUGGUAUUAUGAACGCAAUGGAUUCUUGUACCGUGAAUUUACGUCUCCAAAACAUAACAAGGGAGAACCUGUUUGUCAGCUUGUUGUCCCUAAGGAAUUUCGAGAUGAAAUCAUGAAGAUAGCUCAUGAGAGUUUAUUAGGAGGACAUCUAGGAAUGCAGAAAACAUUGGAUAAAGUACUGUCACAAUUUCAUUGGUCUGGGGUAAUGUCAGAUGUGAAACGUUUCUGUACCUCCUGUGAUACCUGUCAGAGGAUGACAUCAAAAGGAAAAGUUUCCAAGGUUCCAUUGGGAGAAAUGCCAUUAAUAGAUACACCAUUUAAACGCGUGGCUGUUGAUCUGAUUGGACCUAUUACACCAGUUAGUGACAGAGGGAACCGGUACAUAUUAACGGUGGUUGACUACGCUACAAGAUAUCUGGAGGCGAUGGCAUUGAAGAACAGUGAGACAGAAACCGUUGCAGAGGCAUUAGUAGACAUUUUCACUCGAGUUGGAGUUCCACAAGAAAUGCUUAGUGACAUGGGAGCACAAUUUACAUCUGGACUUAUGAAGGAGAUAAGUAGGUUGUUGUCAAUGAAACAGUUAGUGACUACACCAUACCAUCCCCAGUGUAACGGGUUAGUGGAAAGAAUGAAUGGCACGCUGAAGUCAAUGAUAAAGCGUAUGUGUACAGAGCGACCCAAGGACUGGGACAAGUACAUUUCGCCAGCCUUGUUCGCAUACAGAGAAGCCCCACAGGCAAGCACAGGGUUUUCUCCAUUUGAACUGCUCUACGGGAGAACAGUAAGAGGACCAAUGCAAAUAUUAAGAGAGAUGUUGACACAGGAAACCCUUAGUGAAGAGGUAAAAACUGUUUAUGAAUACGUUUUGGACCUAAAGGAAAGGUUAGCAGAAACCAUGCAAUUUGCACAAGAAGAACUGAAGAAAUCUGCUGGAAAAUACAAGAAACACUUCGAUAAGAAAGCGAGGCAAAGAACAUUUUCAGUAGGAGAGCAAGCUCUAGUUCUGUUGCCAACAAACCGAAACAAAUUGCUCAUGCAGUGGCAAGGGCCAUAUGAAAUUGUAGAGAAAGUUGGUGAAUCAGACUACCGACUUGACGUCAAUGGUCACGUGAAGACAUACCAUGCCAAUAUGUUGAAGAAAUAUGUGGAGAGAAUUGGCAAUGAGGCUGAAACUGGUCAGGCUGGAUUACUGAUAAAUAUCGCAGCGGCCAUUAUUGAAGAAGACAAGGUACCAAGUGGUGAGAAGGACUGUUUAAGUGAGUAUGGUCGAUUUAAUGAAGAGAUACAAUGUCCUAUAAUAGAACAAUUAGAAUCUGUUGAAGAUGUCAAACUUGGUGAAAACCUAGAUGCCAAACAAUGCGAAUCUUUGCAAACAUUACUUCAAGACUUCCAAGACGUGUUAACUUUCAUUCCUGGGAAAACCAAUUUGGUAGAACACCAUAUUAAAACAACUACAGAUGAUCCAAUUCUUUCAAGGCCAUAUCCUGUUCCAUAUGCUGUGAAGGAGACCAUACACAAAGAAGUUCAGGAGAUGUUACGAAUGGGUGUCAUUGAACCAUCAGAUUCACCAUAUAGAUCACCAGUCGUUAUAGUGAAGAAACCAGAUGGCACUAAUAGAUUUUGUGUGGACUUUCGCAAGUUAAAUCAGGUCACAGUCCUUGAUGCUGAGCCAAUGCCAUGUCAGGAUGACAUUUUUGCAUGCUUAUUCCACUGUCGUUACUUUUCGAGAAUUGCUUUGUCAAAGGGAUACUGGCAGAUUCCAGUUUCCGAGGAAAGCAAAAAGUAUACUAGCUUUGCAACUGACACCGGGCUAUGGCAGUUUCAAAGAAUGCCAUUUGGACUGGCAUGCGCACCCGCUGUCUUCAGCAGAAUGAUGAGAAUGUUGCUGAAAGACCUUAGUGGAGUGGAUAACUUUUUAGACGAUAUGUUCCUGUUCACCGAGACAUGGGAGGAGCAUCUUACGUUGAUUGCAGAAGUCUUAGGGCGCCUGCGAAAUGCUGGACUGACGGCAAAGCCUAGCAAGUGCAUGUUGGCUUGUGAGAGACUUGAUAUCUUAGGACACCAAGUAGGGCACGGAAAAGUGGAACCAAACCCACAGAAGGUUCUCAGGGCUCUCGCUAGGGGGCGACCAAUAGCUCAAGCCGAAAGACCACGAACCAAGACUGAACUUCGAUCCUUCUUAGGGCUGGUAGGUUAUUAUCGUAAGUUCAUAGCAAACUUUGCCGCUGUGGCUGUACCACUUACCGACCUCACCAAGAAAGGUAAACCCAAUACCUUGGUUUGGGAAUCACCUCAUGAAAGGGCAUUCAAGGAAUUGAAGGAACGAGUGACGAUGUCACCAAUUCUCCGAAUGGCAGAUUUAGGAGGUGCCAUCAGAAUUUCUGAUCGUCGGCCACAUUGUGGAGGCAUCUAG